UAUAUAAUAUAUAUAUACAAAUACAGAGCAAUUCUGGGACACCCUGUAUAUAUACUUAACCCAAGAUUGGAAGAAUAUACUGCAGAGUUGUCGCUUGUGAUUAAGCCAGUAUCUCUGCUACAGCGACCAUGAGCGCACCGAUUGUGAGAACGAGAUACGGAGCCUUGAAAGGUACAGUUGUACAAAAUGUAGAAGGCGGAGAGUACUUGGCCUUCAAUGGUAUUCCCUAUGCUGAGCCACCAGUGGGCCAACUAAGGUUCAAGGAACCCCAACCUCCAAAAGCAUGGUCAGGCAUCAGGGAUGCUGGGAAAGAAGGUUCUGCAGCAAUACAAUUCGAUAUGUUGAGACCGACUCCUGAAAUUAUUGGGAGUGAAGAUUGUCUCUAUUUGAAUGUUUCUACUAAUUCAUUGUCUGGCAAAAGGGCUGUUAUGGUAUGGAUACAUGGAGGAGGAUUUGUGAUGGGCUCAGGAAGCAGUGACAUGUACAGUCCGGACUAUCUACUUAAACACGACAUAGUUUUCGUCUCCAUUAAUUACAGACUUCAUGUACUCGGCUUCCUAAACGUGGAUGAUGAGGAGGCCGCAGGAA